CAUCAUCCCUCGCUGCAUUCUGUUACACACACACAUGGUGUGUUUACGCUCAAAUUGAACGGAUGAUCACAGAGAAACGAUCUGUAUAUAAUAGUGUUUCUUUACAAAUGUAUAUGCGAUUUUUACUCACUUCAAAGACUAUACUUGAGCUGCUUUACUAUAUAUAUGAUAUGAAACCAAUUAUCGAUAGUUUUUGUCACGUGACUUUUCCGUUCGCACAGAAGCGAUCGAAGCCUCAAUAGCAUAAAGCGGACGGCGUGUGACGGAAAGGAGACUUUUAGUAGUUAGGGUUGUCAGCGGGAUAGAGUUUGUCAUAAUGGUGACACGGUCUGGAGGGAGUCUUUAUUGGAACAUCACCAACUACCGAAGCGUGGUAUAGAUAUUGCAUCGCUGUCUAUUAAGCUCAGUGCUAAUCUAUAGGCGCAACUGACAUAACUAUGAAGGAUUAGACGCUAUCGUGUUUGUGUGUUCGGAAAUUGUGUUGGACAAAAUACGAGGUUUAAUUAUCAGAAUGAAUGAUUCUGCGUCAUCCCGAUUUCUUUCGCCUGACUCGGCAGUAAACAUUCAUCACACUCGUACACGCUCAUUUAAGAGUCGUUCCCGUACUCGCGACAUAGAAGAUCCGGACUGCUGUGAUCGUCCGCGGAGGAACAGCAUGCCUUCACGCGCGCGACAUCAAAUCCUUUCAUCCUCCUUCAAUGAUCUAUUUGACAAUACUGAAAAUGAACAACCUCAAAGUUUACGGAGGGUCAGGUCCUUUAAAACUACGUCCAGAGGAGUGGUUAAUCGUGGCGACAGUUACAAAAAGAAAAGUUCAAAUGAGAUCCUAGCAUCGGGAGGUACUGUGCGCGACGAGAGCUCAGAACUCCAAAGUCUUGACAACCACAGUAACAGCCCGACCCCAAGGAUCUCCACGUCAACAAGUAGUGACGACGCACCAAAGUGUUACCAAGUUGUUGUUUUAGGUUCAGAUGGGGUCGGCAAGACGGCCCUUACAGACCAGUUCAUGACGUCAGAAUAUAUAGGGCCAACGGACACUGGAAGCAUUGACCUUGAAGAGGACAAGAUGAUAACGGUUUUACUAGACGGCGAGGAGUCGACCCUUGUAUUCUGUGACCGUCCUGAGGAGGUUGACCUUGACGAAACACAAGUUGACGCUUUCCUUGUUGUUUACUCCACCAAUGAUCGACGGACGUUUGAUGCUGCUGGCGAUCUGCUGUUACAGCUCCGACACGAAAUAGCAACAGACAGAGCCAUCAUUCUUGUCGCGAACAAAAUAGACUUGGCACGGAAACGCCAAGUUAGUGCUGACGAGGCCCGAGCCAUCGCCGUCAAAUUAGACUGCAAGUAUGCGGAGACAUCAGCGGCCUUAAACCACCACGUGGACGAGCUCCUAGUUGGUAUUUUGAAACAGAUUAGACUGAAACUGUCUCAAGAUUCGUUUGGAGGGGAGGAAAACAAAAAAGGCAAAGAAAGGAAAGGUUCUUUCAAAGCUGCUAAAGGAUUACUUCACAAACUUUUUAGAAAAAGUAGUAAAAAGGACCGGUCAUGUGACAACCUCCACCAGUUAUAGCGGAAGUGACAGCAUAUUUAAAAAAUCUCAUUUGCGAUGGUUUUGAAACAAGUGAUCUGGAAAUGAAUCAAGCGAUUAUAAAAGGGUGCUUCAUAUGGAAAUUUACCAGAGUAAAAGAAGAGACUUUGCCUGACAUAUCCGGAAGUUGAUUAAUGCUACUUGUUUAACUUGAGAUUGUGGGUUACAUGUAUUGAUUCAGAAAAAAAAACAUUCAUACGAUUAACUUGCAUUCCGUUCCUUCUUAAUAUACGAUUUCAUACAAUCCAUCUCAUUUAUUCAAGUAAAGUACUCCAAAGCAAUAAGAAAUAACAACACCUUUAUUGCCCAAUAUAUUAACGACAGAUGAAAACAGAGACAGCCCUGAUGUUCCAUCUGUGUACAAGACUGAUGGGCCUGGCUUUCUCCAAAUACUUUUGAACUGUUACGGAGAGUGCAUUAUCCGGGGAUAGCGACAGUUUUUUUUUUUUUUUUUUACAUUACGUUGCGCUACAAUUACCACUCGUGGGUCAACUCAGUGAAAAUUAUCGUUUCAGUAGAGGGUAUUUGACUAGCUCCGUCUCAUUUUCCUAUAGGAAUUUCAGGCAUUUAGAUGGAAGGCAACAUACGCUUUACAGAAGCUGCAUAUCAACAAUUGUGGCGGCGCGUGAUUUCGAAACCAUGUCUCAGAAUUUAAUAUCAACGAGUUUAAACCAUUUCGCAGAAUAUUAGUGAUACUCUUUUGUCUGACAGGGAUGAAGAACUGUCAAUUAAGACAUGCCUGGGUGAUUAAAAAGCCGGUUAUCAGAAAUCCCAGCCUUUUCGAACACCGCCAAGUCGUUGUUCAAGAUUUCGAUACUCUGUUUAACUAGUUUACUAACGCAAAUGACAUGCUCCGAACAUCUGGACUGUUCCUAACAUCCCAAAAACAUGCCGUACUAGGUUAAUUUCCUUAGGAACACUAAAGACAUGUACGAUUUCUUGCUUACUAUAUGUUUAUGACAGAUUCUGCACGCCUUCGUUGGCGGAGCCUAUUGUUACGUGUAUUAUUUUUUAAAUCCUCUAAACUGAAGAGAUCUUAUUCUGAAAUGGUUUUAUUAUGUAGAUUGGUUUCUAUUUAUAGAAUGACGUCAUUGAAACGAGGAUUUUUCACUGAGUUAACCCACGGUAGACAAGUGUAGCGUAGCGUAGUUCAAUUAACCGUGGGUAUCCGACGAUGGGAGAAGUGGUACAUUUGUAUAUACUUAUAUUGUUUGACAAGUGCCAGAUGUAUACUGUGAUUAUGUUUAUUUUAUCGUUAUGGUACGGCUAGGAAAAUCCAGCAGUCAAUUGCUAUUGUGCGUUUCUGUAGCCUAGUUUCAUUUUGUGUAAAUAUUCAUGUUGACAAAUUUACGUGUUCUAGUUUAGUUAUGCUUCCGUUACUUUAAGUAUUUGAAACGCACACAUUUAUGAGCAAUUUCUGUCCAAUUAAAACAGAUGUAAAUCCAUAACACUCGUGGUACUAUGGUAGAUUAGUAUAUGACAAAUUCUUACAAAAAAUAUUUUAAUAGUUGAUCUUGAUUUUGGUUAUUGUUUUCGGACGUAGAGUAUUCAGAAGAAAACGUUAUUAUUAACUUAGUAUGUUAAAACUGUUGUGGAGUUUCCCAUCAAAUUCGUCAGGCGCUGUUUUCAUAAAUGAACAAAACAGAACAAAAUAAAUACAAUGCUGUGCUGGCGUCCUAUAUCGUGAUUACCAGGAGUUCCACAAUACCUUGGGCUGACAGGGACUGUGGUUUUGUAAAUUAAAUUUUGAUGAUUUUUUUUAUAUUAUUUCAUGUGACGUCCAAGUUUCCAUGAGACCAUUUUAUGAACAUUAUGUGUAGCUGCAAUUUUGAUUUAUCAUAUUUGUAUUCGUGAUGUUUCUGACUGUGAAGGGGUUUACUUGGUCAAAGUUGUCGAUUUUUUUGUAUUGAUUAUUGAUUAUACCAAAGCAUAUUAUUUCCUUAGGUUUGUCUGGUAACCGAUUUAGUUUUGAUUUCCUCAAAUACACUAUUAAUCAAUCGAUACUCACAACACAAAUGGAUUCCUCGUUUGCGUUUCAAGGAAGCUAUUUCCUGAAGUUGUGUGAAAUGUUUAUUGAAAUGUUCUGACUAGUGGAUUCCUCUGUGCUGACAUGAAUAUAAAUAAAAUUAUCUCAUAAGCAAAAAUAAUCAUCUAUAUUGAUCGUGUAGCGGUAGUCUGUAAAACAGCUUAAGGGUUUAAAAGACAGAAUCUCUGAGAUACAAUUCCUGUAUCAGCAUUUAGUGUUAAAGAUUCUUCCGGUUGUAUCAGUAAUGGACAAUAUAACUGGAUAUAUUAAGUGUUAAAGAUCCUUCCGGUUGAAUUAGUAAUGGACAAUAUAAUUGGAUAUAUUUAGCUGGUGGUCUUAUAAAUCCAUAUAUACAGAACUGGGAAAAAAAUGUCAAUAAAUGUAUCUAAGAAA